UCAAUGAAAUUCAGGCAUUUCUGCCCCCGCCUGUUUCUUUUUCUUUUUAUCAGCUCACAGACACGCAUUCGUCUGGGGAGAAGCCAGACAACUGUAUGGCGGCGAAGGAGGAGGAGAAGAAAGGAGGAGGAGACGCACUUGUAUAAAGCCGACGCGUGGGGCCAAAACAUUCACUAACAACGACAGCAACUUCAGCGCUCACUUGCAAGCUCACUGACAGACACUUUUCAUGCAACCUAUUGUUUUCUGACCUCUACUUUCUCUUGGAUUAUUCCUUUUUUUGGAAACCUCCAAGCCGAGCGAUGGAUAUUUACAUUUUACUUUCCGUUUUAUCUGUAUUGCACUCCUGGAUUUUAAGCACAGCACUCGCAGCUCCCGUUGACACGACCCCCAGCGUGUCGCAAGUGCGCCAUGUGCGCAAAAAGAGGUGCUCCUGCGCAACGUUCUUGGACAAGGAGUGCGUCUAUUUCUGCCAUUUGGACAUCAUAUGGGUCAACACGCCUGAGCGCUUGGUCGCUUAUGGGCUAGGUAAUGCCCCCAGAAAGAGGCGUUCAGCCCAGGUUUCCAAGGCAACAGAGGCCCCCCGGUGCCGGUGUCUCCAUCCGGGCGACCUCACCUGCGACCGAUUCUGCCAAAGGCUGGAGGAGGACAACCUCAGGGAGGACACAAAAACGAACACUAAAACCCCCUAAAUGUUACCUCAUGGACACCAGUUGGACGUCGAGCGCCUCCAUCUUGAUUGCAGAAACGCAGAUGAGGAGAUCCCGAUAAACUGAAGACAAGAUUUUUUUUUUUUUUUUUCAACUUUCGCAACAGUGUUCACUCCAUAAAGAACAUUUAUCAUCAUUUCAAGAUCCUACCCCCCACCCCACCAACUGCCAUCUAUGGAUUAUUAUCCUUCACCACAACUUGGAUGCCUAUCUAAUCAGGAAUAGGCCAUUCUGGGACUGCUAUGCAGUAUUGUAGCGCAUGGGAAUUCUGAUUUCUUGGUUCUCCCUUAAUAAGUAUUUCAAUCCUCACCGUGUUAAGUCUUAUAUAUUGCUGUAUUUAUUUGUAAAUUUAAUAAUCAUAUUGGUUGCAUGGUAUUGUUUGUCAUUUCUGUGAAAUGUACUGACCUCAAGAUGCCAAAUUCUGGCCGCAUAUUUUAAUAAAUUUGUACAUGUUUAUUUAAAA